CUUUGAACUGUCCCAAGCAACGCGCCCAGAGAAGUGUGAAGCUUUAUAAAAAUUUAAACGCGUCGCCGGUGGAGGCAGGCGUGGGGCGGAGCCGUGGCCUGGCGGCCCGGAGAUAAGCUGGUGAGCCUCGGAGCUGAGAAAUCUCUUGCUCGGUUUUCACAUCUUCAAACCAGCUCUUCAGAAAUCUAUACCCAGCUGCUGGGGGGUAUUUCAGAGGUAAUUAGGGACUGGAGCCAAGAGCAGUUAUUCUAGGAAGAAUUUGUUCCCGUCGAACAGUGGCUCCUGGAUCUCCAGACCCUUUGUGGCUUUAGGAGUCUAGUGGGUGGAAAUUCUCUACCUCUGAGGAGAAACGGUGCUGCUCCUUCCUCAAGAGCGAGCUCCCCAUUGCUAUGGAUACCGAAUCCACAUAUUCUGGAUAUUCUUACUAUUCCAGUCAUUCGAAAAAAUCUCACAGACAAGGGGAGAGAAAUAGAGAGAGACACAAAUCACCCCGGAAUAAAGAUGGCAGAGGGUCAGAAAAAUCUGUCACCAUUCAAGCUCCCACCGGAGAGCCCCUGUUGGCAAAUGAUUCUACUCGGACGGAGGAAGUUCAGGAUGACAACUGGGGAGAGACCACGACAGCCAUCACAGGCACCUCAGAGCACAGCAUUUCGCAGGAGGACAUUGCCAGGAUCAGCAAGGACAUGGAGGACAGCGUGGGGCUGGAUUGCAAGCGCUACCUGGGCCUCACUGUGGCCUCGGUCCUUGGACUUCUAGUGUUCCUCACCCCCAUCGCCUUCAUCCUUUUACCCCCCAUCCUGUGGAGGGACGAGCUGGAGCCUUGUGGCACCAUUUGCGAGGGACUCUUCAUUUCCGUGGCGUUCAAGCUCCUCAUUCUGCUCAUCGGGACCUGGGCGCUCUUCUUCCGCAAGCAGAGGGCCGACGUGCCGCGGGUGUUUGUGUUCCGUGCCCUUUUGUUGGUCCUCAUCUUUCUUUUUGUGGUUUCCUAUUGGCUGUUUUACGGGGUCCGCAUCUUGGACUCGCGGGACCGGAACUACCAGGGCAUCGUGCAGUACGCCGUGUCCCUGGUGGACGCCCUCCUCUUCAUCCAUUACCUGGCCAUCGUCCUGCUGGAGCUCAGGCAGCUGCAGCCCAUGUUCACGCUGCAGGUGGUCCGCUCCACCGACGGCGAGUCCCGGUUCUACAGCCUGGGACACCUGAGUAUCCAGCGAGCAGCAUUGGUGGUUCUGGAAAAUUACUAUAAAGAUUUCACCAUCUAUAACCCCAAUCUCCUAACAGCCUCCAAAUUCCGAGCAGCCAAGCACAUGGCCGGGCUGAAAGUCUACAAUGUAGAUGGCCCCAGUAACAAUGCCACUGGUCAGUCCCGGGCCAUGAUCGCUGCAGCUGCUCGGCGCAGAGACUCAAGCCACAACGAGUUGUAUUAUGAAGAGGCAGAGCACGAGCGGCGGGUGAAGAAGCGGAGAGCGAGGCUGGUGGUUGCAGUGGAGGAAGCCUUCAUCCACAUCCAGCGCCUCCAGGCCGAAGAGCAGCAGAAAGCUCCAGGGGAGGUGAUGGAUCCGCGGGAGGCGGCGCAGGCCAUCUUCCCCUCCAUGGCCCGGGCUCUGCAGAAGUACCUGCGCACCACGCGGCAGCAGCAUUACCACAGCAUGGAGAGCAUCCUGCAGCACCUGGCCUUCUGCAUCACCAACAGCAUGACCCCCAAGGCCUUUCUAGAACGUUACCUCAGCGCGGGCCCUACCCUGCAGUAUGACAAGGAGCGCUGGCUCUCUACGCAGUGGAGACUGGUUAGUGAUGAGGCUGUGACUAACGGAUUGCGGGAUGGAAUCGUUUUCGUCCUGAAAUGCUUGGACUUCAGCCUCGUGGUCAAUGUGAAGAAAAUUCCAUUCAUCAUCCUCUCGGAAGAGUUCAUAGACCCCAAAUCUCACAAAUUUGUCCUUCGCCUACAGUCUGAGACAUCGGUUUAAAAGUUUUAUAUUUGUGGCUUUAUUACAAAAAAAAAAAAAAGAAUAUAUAGAGAUAUAUAUAUAUAUGUAUACCAGAAGGGCAUCUUUUUUUAUUAUUAUCCUUCAUUGCUGACUGAAACUGGCAGAUAAUAGACCAGUAUCCUUUGACCAUCCGCACUUUACUUGGAAGGAAGCAGGGGAUGUCCACCCUGGCAAAAAGCGACUGAUAACAUCUGACUUUUGUGGAUGGGACUUCUCAUGAAGCCAUUCCCUGGCGUUUCUGUGACAGCUGUAAACCAAAGUAGAGCAGGUGGCUCUUGGGAGCCUCGCCUUACGGCAGCUAGUCCCUGCCUUUCGUCCAGGGCCACGCCCUCCUGUUGCUUCUGGCCCGCCCCCUCGUCGACCUCCAGGGGGACGCGUCUUCAUUCUGUUCCAGGAAACCAGACACGGCAUGUCCACAUAGGUGCUUGUGUCCGCGAAUGUCCAGUACCACAUCACCCA